AUGAGUUAUCACAACGUCGUUCAUGUUGGUCACCAGCGAGGGUACCCGUCGGAAUAUCCUCCAGGACCUCAGCAGCCGGGGUUUCCUGGCCCUCCUCCUCCACCUCAGCUACUGCAACAACAACAUCAGCGCUAUCAGGAUUACUUCUAUGAAGGCUACCCGCCGCCGCAUUCAGCUCACCCCUACAACCGCCAUCACUACCAGAACAAUGACAGUAUUGGCUGCGAUUCUUUCGUCCGUACCUGUUUGGGCUCACUUUGCUGCUGUUGGAUCUUUGAGCGCUGCUGCUUGUGGUAUUGAGGUUCUCUACUUCCCUGUUCCCUCGAGUACUGUCUGAUUCUGAUAAGGCUUUGUUCUGGCCUUAUGAGUGGUUGAUGUAGGAUUCUUUCAUUUAUUUGUGAGCAUCAAUUUGACAAUUCGAUCUGUAGUUGAUAAAUGUUUUUCAUAUUUUCUUAAUGCAUGUAUCAUGUACAUAACUGGGAUGUAUCAUGUUUAUUCAUGUUGGCACAUGAACUUGUUUAAGUUUCACACAUCUUUAUAAACUUCUAAAUCCUUUCAUGGUCUGGUCUAAGUUGUCUAUGUAUUUGGGUUUGUCUCCGAGAACAAG